AUGGGCAGCCCCACAGCUGCCCCUCAUGUCUAUUGCUUCCUAGUGGGGAACGAGCUGAUCCAGGUUGACUUUUAUCAGCGGGCUGAGACGCUGCAGCAGGAGGGUGGGCAGUUAAUGUUCGACUUUGAUGGGGACGAGAUGUUCCACGUGGAUCUGGAGAAGACGGAGACCAUCUGGCGCCUACCUGAGUUCGGGGAGUUCGCCAGCUUCGAGGCCCAGGGAGCCCUGGAUAACAUGGCUAUACUGAAACACAACAUGGAGAUCGACAUUGAGACCAGUCUUGCCCCACCUGAGGUUACAGUGUUCUCUGAGGAUCCAGUGGAGCUGGGCGAUCCCAACGUUCUCAUCUGCUACGUGGACAAGUUCUGGCCACCCAUGAUCAGCAUCACGUGGCUGAAGAACGGGCAGGAGGUGGUGGAUGGUGUCUUUGAGACCGUUUACUAUCCACGGGAGGACGACACCUUCCGCAAGUUCUCCUACCUGCCCUUCGUGCCCACACGGGGUGACUACUACGACUGCCGGGUGGAGCAUUGGGGGCUGCCCAAGGCCCUGCUCAAGCACUGGGAGCCCCAGGUGCCGCUGCCCGCGUCCGAGAGCACCGAGACGCUGGUGUGCGCCCUGGGCCUGGCCGUGGGCAUCGUGGGCAUUGUGGCGGGCACCGUCCUCAUCAUCAAGGCCAUGAAGAUGAACAGCGCCCGCAACGCGCGGGGCCCCCUGUGAGCGGGCAGAGCCCUUGGCUUCCUCAUGGCCCCAUAGC